AUGGAUAAAACAUGGAUGAAGGCUGAUAGGAGAUCACUACAAUUCAACUUAGGAUUUAACCAGUUUCUUAAGGUUGCAUUGGAUAAUGCUAGGAACCCCAAUAAUAUACCUUGCCCUUGCUUAAAGUGCCAUAACAACCGAUUUGGUAAUAUACAGUUCAUUAAGGAUCAUGUCUAUUUCAACGGUAUAAUGCAAAACUAUACUCGUUGGAAAUGGCACGAAGAAUGUUCUUAUGCUGCUAGACAUUAUUUGAGUGAGGGUUCUGAAACAGUAGAGCAGAUUCCUGAUUUAGGAGGAAAUGAAGAUAUAGGUGUGCUCAAUGGUGAAGAUCACGAGAUUUCGCCAGACUCGAAUGAGUUUAUGCAGUUCGUAGAGGAUGGAGAUAAGCCUCUAUAUCCUGGUUGUACCAAGUCAACCAAGAUGAAUGGGUCCGUCAAUUUGGCUAAGAAAACUCUUUCCGCAUUAGGGAUGAAGUACGAGAAGAUUGAUGUUUGUCCAAAUGACUGCAUCUUGUAUAGAGACCUAAAUGUUGAUGCUAAAAAAUGUCCAUCUUGUAAUGCAUCAAGGUGGAAACUAGCGAAGGAUGGAUCUGAGAAAGUAGGGGUGCCGACGAAGACAUUGUGGGGUAGAAAGAAAGAUGGAAUGAUGAGACAUCCAGCGAAUUCCCCAACUUGGAAAAUGGUAAACACAAAUUGGCCAGAUUUUGGUAUAGAACCUAGGAACCUUAGACUAGCAUUGUCCUCAGAUGGGUUUAACCCAUAUGGUGCAAUAAGCAGCAAAUACUCUUGUUGGCCAGUGAUACUGAUCACCUAUAACCUUCCUCCAUGGUUAUGCAUGAAGAGGAAGUACAUGAUGCUAACUUUGUUAAUUUCGGGACCUAAGCAGCCCAGAAAUGACAUUGAUGUCUAUUUGCAGCCUUUAGUGGAUGAUUUGAAAGUCUUGUGGGAUGGGAUUGAGCAAGUGUACGAUUCUGUAAGAGGAGAGUACUUUAAGCUGAAAGCGGUAUUGUUGUGGACUAUAAACGAUUUUCCCGCCUAUGGGAACUUAUCAGGGUGCGUUGUGAAAGGAUACAAUGCGUGUCCAAUCUGUGUUGAUCAGACCAAACCUUAUCGGUUGAAACACUCGAAGAAAUUGGUAUUUUGGAGGAAUCGAAGACAACUGCCACGACAUCAUCCUUACCUAAAGCAAGCUUCUGCUUUCGAUAACACUAUAGAAAAAGAAGAUGCUCCUACACCAUUAACAGGAGAGGAGACAUUUGCAAGAGUUCAAGGUCUGCCUAAAGCAAGUGGUAAGGGAAACGCUCCUGCCCCUUAUAAGGGUCCUCCAAAAAAUAGACCAUGCUGGAAGAAAAAAUCUGUUUUCUAUGAACUUGAUUGCUUGAAGUUUCUUCCAGUAAGACAUAAUCUUGAUGUCAUGCACAUUGAGAAGAACUGUUGUGAUGCUAUUCUUGGCACGUUGUUGAACAUUCCGGGGAAGACUAAGGAUGGGGUUGCUGCUAGAUUGGGUAUGGUUGAUAUGGGGAUAUGCACUGAUUUGAAGCCUACAGCUGGUGGUCCUUCCCGGUUUUCAUCUAAUAUACGGAACCUGGUGUCUGUAAAUGAUUUAAAACUUGGCAAUCUUAAGUCACAUGAUUGCCAUGUUAUAAUGCAACUGCUUCUCCCUGUUGCAAUACGUUCAGUUUUGGAAAAACCUGUUAGAUGGAUGUACCCCUUUGAGAGGUACAUGAACGUGUUCAAAGGAAUGGUGCACAAUCGAACAUUUCCUGAGGGUUGCAUCGCAGAGUGUUACAUUGUUGAAGAAACAGUUGAAUUUUUGGAGGAACGUAUGCUUCCUGAAGAUGCUACCACUAUUGGAUCCCUAAAAAACUGUGAAGAUGCGCAACCAUAUUUCAAGGAGCAUAUGGAGUUUUUAGAGUUAAGUUUCCCAUACAACAUAAAUAAUCCUAAGUGGAUGAAGGAUAAACAGAACCAGACAUUUCCUGAUUGGUUCAAGAAGAGUGUUGCAAAUGAAAUUAGAAUUGCCGAUAAUGAAGUUCCUGAAACCAUUAGGUGGUUGGCUGGUGGACCAAAUAAAGAGGUUCCUACUUUCCGCGGUUACCACGUGAAUGGGGUUGAUUUUAACACUAUGGAGCGGGACAGUAAGAGAUCAGUUCAAAACAGUGGCGUCUUUUUGGUUGCCGAUGCAAUGCAAGUUGCCAGUGCAAAGGAUAAAAGGCCUACAACUGUGGACAUGGACUUUUACGGCCGGAUCCAACAGAUUUGGGAGGUGGACUACUACAAGUUUAGGGUACCAAUAUUAUUAUGUGAUUGGGUGGAGUCAUCUAGGGGUGUCAAAGUGGACGAACUUGGGUUUACUUUGGUUAAACUGGACAGGAUAGGGCAUUUAAAUGAUCCAUUUGUCUUGGCUACCCAUGUGAAACAAAUUUUUUACAUAGAAGACCCCCUUGAUGCUGAAUGGUCAAUGAUAAAAGAUGAGACUGUCUACUCAGCAACUGAACGUGCAAGAGCCGUAGCAUUACGAAUGAAGGCUAUGGCCAUGAAAAGAUCAAGAUCUAAGUAUGCAUCCCCCGUUAAGUCCUCAUCCCAACAUCCUUCCCCCGUUAAGACUGCAUCAAAGGCUGUCUCCCCAAAGAAGCGUACGAGUCCCUCCCCAAAGAAGCGUAAAGCUGGAUCAAAUGUUGCCUCCCCGAAGAAGCGUAAGGGUGGAUCAAGAGCAAGAAAAACUGCCUCCCCAAAAAAGCGUACAUCAAGGAGGCUGAAUGUGAUCAAGUCUAUGAGCAAGUCAUCAAACAACUCUCAACAAGCUUAA